CUCUCGGUCACAAAAGUCCCCAUCUGAUGUGCAUAUAACGACCCUACACAUUUGCAUCCGGAACUUCUUUGACCCCCCCCCCUCCGUGUUUAUGUUUUCUGUUUCACAGAGUCAAAGAACUUUCAAGUUUCUUAUGAAAAUGAACAUGCGUGUAUUAUUCUUCUUGAUAUCAACCUUGUUUUUUUUGUUCGGGUCGGCUUUCUCUUUUUUUCCUUUUCCGAAUUGGAUGUAUACCAGAUGUAUCAUAUAUAGCUUCUUUCCCCUUCCCCCGUCUCUAUUUUUUUUCCUCCUCCGCAUUCCUAUCUUUACCUACCUACCUUGACUUAGACUACUGCCUUUUUAUUUCAUAAAAUUAAGGGAAAUUUAUUGAUUGACUGGAUGAUU